UUUGGUGUGACGCGAGCACAUGCGCCGCUCAUCGUCACAUCAUAUCACAAUCAUGCGGCAGACACACACCUACACUCAUAAUUUAGUGCAAUCUUUAUGUGUGUUUUAUAAGUAGAGAUGCUGAGCCGUGCGUAAGACUGUGGAGAUGCACGCUCUUCUUACGUCUGCACCUGAAGUCUUCACGCGAGACUUGGAGAAGUGUUUUGGAGUUAUGAGUGAAUGAUGGGUCAAAAUGCAAGCUACACUGAAUACGGGUCAUGGAAAAUCUAGAAAACUCGACAGAUUGCAAGGAGACUGUGUCUCCACUAAACAAUUCAGGGUCUACAGUGAACAGCACCGUCUCCGGAUAUGACGGCAAAGCUAUGGGUUUUGUGCUGGUGCAUGCAGGGGCAGGGUAUCAUUCAGAAUCCAAAGCCAAGGAAUACAAACAUGUGUGCAAGAGAGCGUGCCAGAGAGCUGUGGACAGGCUCAGAGCUGGAGGACUGGCGCUGGAGGCUGUGACAGCAGCUCUUAUGGAGCUAGAGGACUCUCCGUUCACCAAUGCGGGUACCGGUUCCAACCUAAACCUCUCUGGUGAGAUUGAGUGUGAUGCCAGCAUUAUGGAUGGAAAGUCCUUAAACUAUGGAGCUGUUGGAGCCUUGAGUGGAAUCAAGAACCCGGUGCUGGUAGCCAGAAGACUGUUAAGUGAAACUCAGAAGGGGAAGCUAUCAGCUGGCAGGAUCCCUCCCUGUUUUUUAGUGGGCAAAGGAGCAGAACAGUGGGCCAUAAGCCAUGGUAUCCCAGCAUGCCCUACAGAGAAGAUGACCACCAAGUUCAGUUUGUCAGGCUACAAGAGGAACAAAAGGAAGAUGGAGCUGGCGGAGCAGGUUGAGACGAAGAGGAAAAGACAAUUGUGUGGACAUGAGAAUGAUUUUGGCUGCUUGGAGCCAGUAGGAGACAUCUUGGUGGCAGGUGAGGAGAAUAACUCGGCCUGUCUGGACACGGUUGGUGUGGUCGUGGUGGAUCGGGAAGGGAAUGUGGCGGCUGCGGUUUCCAGCGGAGGCCUGGCCAUGAAACACCCGGGUCGUGUGGGACAGGCUGCUCACUAUGGUUGUGGCUGCUGGGCUGAAAACGCCCGUGAUGUCAGCCUUUACUCUACAGCUGUGAGUACUUCAGGCUCUGGAGAGCAUCUGAUUCGCACCAUGUUGGCCAGAGAGUGCUCUACUGCCAUGCAGGCUGAAAACGCACACCAGGCCCUACUGGAGGCUAUGCAAAACAAAUUCAUCAGUUCGCCGUUCCUGGCUGGCGAGGACUGUGUUCUGGGUGGGGUGAUCGUUCUGAGGUGCUGCACAUGUGGAGAAGCCCAGCGCUCUGAAGACAUCCAGGCUCUGCUGGUGGAAUUUCUAUGGAGCCAUACUACAGAGAGCAUGUGUGUGGGAUACAUGUCUGCCCAGGACAGUAAAGCCAGGACUCACAUAUCCAGACUUCCUCCUGGGGCGGUGGCCGGACAGUCACUGGCAAUCGAAGGUGGAGUUUGUCGACUCGGGACCGUGAGUGACUGAAGCAGUGUGAAAUCAUCCUCUAUUUCUGCAGCAAUAUGCCAGCGCCAGGAUCUUUAUAGCAAGAGCUUGAUGUUGUGUCAUUGUAGGACACAAUCAGAAAGGGACAAAAAGGUUGCAAUAUGUCUUUUCUUCCAUCUUUUUCUUUCUUGCACAGAUAUAAACACAUAUAUUCAUUUAUUCACAAUGAUUCCCAAUAUAAUUUAUUCAGUCUUUUAUAAAAACCUACCAUACUACUUUUGUGCUCCGUUCAUAGGUAUAGCAUAGACAGUCUCAUCUGUUUUUACUGUCAUUUGGUGUGGUGGGGGGGGGGGUCAUCAGGGUAAGGCGUCUGCUAAGAAAAGGACAUGCCAAGUGCACUUCGAGACUAGUGUACUGCUCUGGUUUUAGUGGGCUUCCAAGAAACUCAGCUUCUAGUAUGUUCUGGACAAGACUUGAUGCUCCAUUUCUAUUCAUCUAUGAAACAAUAUGCACCGUCCUUAUCAUUGUAAAUAAGCUAAGGGUUGUUGAAACAGGGCGGCCAUUGAUGUAAACGGCUUAUUGGUUUGUUGCUUACUUGGUGUUUAAUAUUACUUUUACUAUCAUGUUUUUAUAUAUAGCCAAGAUGCUUGUUUUGUGCAGAAGUUUAGUUUAGGGACUUACAAAAAAAGGUCUGAGUGGAGAUUUUUGACACAUGUGCUUGACGUGAGUCUGGUUGAGUUGCAAAUGCAUACACAACAUGGCAUACAGGAUAAAAUCCUUUUUGAAAUUACAAGAAUUGCCUUUUCAUUUGACUUUUAAAGCUAUGUAUAGCAGUUCAGUUGGAUGAUUUUGUCAUUUACUCAUUCUCAUGUCAUUCCAAACUGCAUCCUGGCUAUUAUUUUUCAUAUAAUAAGCUUAAAAAAAAAAUAAAAAGAACCAAAGUAUCAUAACAAAAUGGUAGAUAUGACUACUGCGCUAUGUUCUGAGUCUUGAGAACUUGUGUACAAGUCACAUGAUACUUUGGUGCAUUUAUGUCCAUUUUGUAGCUUAAAAGAUUCAGUCCCUAUUUGUUAAAAUCACAGGAAAAGAGUUAUCUUUCCAUUCUUCUUUUGUUUUCAUGCAAAAAGGUUGUGCAGAUUGGAAUGACGUGAGGGUGAGUAAUUUUUAGGUGAACUAUACCUUUAAAGAGUGGGACUAUUCUCAAAUCUAAUGAUAUGCACUGUUGAAAAUAAUUUGAUUUGUGGUUGUUACACUUUCACCACAUUUGAUGGCAGUAGGAUCUCUGAAAGAUCUUCUGAUGAGACUAGAUGCACACGCACUUUUGCCCAGCGUCUUACUUAGUGCACUACUUUGACUAACUGCACUGCUCAUGAGUGUACUAAGAAUAUGGCGCAUGUUGCGUAAUCCAAGUAUGCAUUUCUUUUGCGUACUGUGAGUUCACUUGACCUUGUUUGAAAGCUGCAUCGUGCACUUCUGUGGUUGAGCUAUAUUAACAGGUGAACAGCUUUGUGUGUUUUCUAAUGCCAUGUGUAGUGCUCAAGAGAUGAGACCCCAAAAAGCAAGCUAAAAAAAUGACUGUUAGUCCAUCUUUGAAAAUGCAAAAUAUAUUUUAGGUCUGUAUUUUAUAAUGGCAGAAAAAUGAGAGGAUCUCUAAAAUGUAUUUAUAAAUUACACUGAUUCAAAUAUGUUGAAGGUUAUUACAUUUAUGAGGGUUUUGCAGUUUAGACUUUUUCUUUAGUUAAAACUCUUGCAGUACUAUAAAAAUGUAAGCUAUAUAUGCUUAUUUUAGUUUUAAAUGAUCCUGCAUUUAUUAAUGAAAUGUCUGUGAACGUUUCAAACAGCAGAUUGUACUAACCUCUUGCUAUUGUAAUGUUCAAUAAAAAUGAGAAAUGGUG